AUGUCCGGACAGCCACCUUUCCUCCCAAGCUUGCCUUCAGGCUUCGGAACCGACUCUUCCUAUCCGCCCAUCCCAGGCAGCACGCGCAUCACCGCCUCGCAGCCAAGGCCAUCACCACCAGUCACAGCGACAGCGUCGCUCCCAAAAUCACAUCGAUCGUCAGCGCCACCUCUACCUCCGCUACCGCCUGGAGCCCUCGAGAAGGAACAGCAGCGUCUCAGACAACAAUCAGCUUCCUAUUCCUCUUCGUCUGCUACCUUCUCCUCCGGCCUGAAACCAGGCCAACUUGUACAUGCCCCCACUCCACCGCCGCCUCCACCUCCCUCGCAGCAAUCUUUUUCCCACCACGCCUUUGUCGGUGGCUUUGCAUCCCUUCACCACCAGCGUGUGCCACCUCCCAGCGCUGCACCGCAUCCUCCUCCUCCUCCUCCUCCUUCGCAUCCUCCUGCCAUGCCUAAGCCGUAUCACGGUAUCAGCAGCAACACGCAAGCCUUGGCACUACAUUCCGCCCCGCAAACGCAGGCCAUAUCCACACGAAGUGCAAGCGCCCACAAUUUGCCCGUCGAUCACUCAAGACGCUCAUCCCAGGUGCACAACCCUCAACCCGCAACGUCGUCGUCGUCCUCCUCGACCUCGUCCAAACCUCCCAGUCUAUCCGCUCCUCUGCCGGACAUGGCUUCGUUGGCGGCGCAGCGAGAUCGAGCUCAAGAUGACAAACAGCGCGUCGCUUGGGCCAGACAAAUGCUCAAGUAUGUUGAACGCAACUUUUCCGACGGCACAAAGAUCAGCGAGCCCAAUCUGGUCAAGUGGACCGACGAAGCCAUCUCGAUCAUCAUUGCAAAUGCCUCGUCCGCACGUCCCCUGCCCGAGGCGCUCUUCCUGCGCGGCGAUCUGCAAGCAUCGGGCGCUUUCCCUACCUACCUCGCCAAAAACCUCAAAGAAGCCUUCAACGACUUUGAACUCUCUGCUCGCAUGGGCUGCGCACCCAGCUGGUUUCGCAUCGGUCGCGAUUAUGAAGUACUCGGCGAUCUGGCUCGCGCAAGGGAUGCCUACGAGCGAGGUGUGCACGCAGCAGACGUCGGCUGCAUCUACCGAAUGGGGAUGGCCAACCUGCUCGGUCAGCUCGAGAUACCCAUCAACCACGCUCGAGCCAUCGCCAUGCUGCGCGAUGCUGCCGACAAGGCCGAUCUCGACACACCACAACCGGCCUACAUCUACGGCAUGCUGCUUGCUCGCGAAUUUUCGCACGUCGACAUCCCCGCUCAUCUGCUGAGACCUGCCAAUACAUCAGCAGCCAUUUUGGAAGACGAAGCGCGGCAACGCAUCCAGCGAGCAGCCUACCUCAACUUUGCUCCAGCACAGUACAAGUGCGGUUGGUUGUUCGAGUAUGCGCAGCUCGGUUGUGCUUUCGACCCUCUGCUCAGCGUGCAGUACUACAGCUUGGCAUCGCAAGGCGGCGAGAUCGAGGCGGACAUGGCUCUGUCCAAAUGGUUCCUCUGUGGUGCCGAGUCGUAUUUUGACAAGAACGAGCAGCUCGCCUACACGUUUGCCGACAAAGCAGCGCGCAAGGGACUUGCUUCAGCCGAAUUCGCGCUCGGUUACUACCACGAGGUUGGCGUCGGAACGGAAAGAAACGUGGAGCUUGCUAGAAAGUGGUACAGCAAGGCAGCGGCCAAGGACAAUACUGACGCGCAGGAGAGGCUGCGCGCGCUGCAGGCACCACAAGCUCUCGGCAUUUCGCGUCAGCAACACGAGGCAGUCAUGGACGACAAGCUGGUGCGCAAGCGCACGCAGGCUAAGAUGCUGUCGGAUCGCGAGGGUCGCAGUCCGCUCUUUGAACACGAUCACAACGUUGCAGGUGGUGCUCCCGGCCAACCAAGGCCGAGCGGCGGCGCGGCCACUGCAUCUGGCAAACCUCCGAACGGUCGAGUCGCUGCGGACGCGGGUGUCAUCAGCAGCAAGACCAACAACAACAACCUCGAGCUGUCGCGAAGAAAGACGAUGAAGAUGGUCCAAGAGACCGCUGCGGGACGCAAGCGACCCGACUACGGCUACGAGGGCAAGCUGCGAAGUGAGCCAAGUGUGGCACCACCAAUGCCGAGCGCGUCGAUUGCUGCAACGCAGCAAGCUCGAGCGGGUGCUUCGGCGGGUGCUUUGGCGUCUAGUGGUGCACCGCACCGCACUUGGACGUCUGGUCGUCACGGCGCUGGUCAUGCGCCCAACGACAACAGCCGGCCCACGCACGCAUCGACGCCAUCGUCGUCGUUGCCCUCGAAACCUGCUUCAGCGGUGGCAUCGUCGAGCGCUUCGGCCUGCACAAAGACAUCUGGUGGCUCGGACGACGUGUCCAAGAAACCGUACAACACAUUUGCAGAGAUGGGGUUUGCGCCUCAGAAACAGUCAAAAAGGGACGAGUGUGUGGUUUGCUAG